UAUUCUAAAUUCAUGUAAAGAAAUCUGAUCUUCUGACUAAAUUACAUUUUUGUGACAUUAUCAGUUCAUUUCUGUUCAUAUUUCUCAUCCAACAAAGGUUUCAAGGAAAAAAGGUCCAACACAGUGUAUUAAUUAAAUGCUACAAACUUGGAUUUCUAUAAAUUGAAUAAUAAACACUAAGGGUAAGUACAUGUAAAUUGAACAUUAUGUCUUCGUUGUGUAAAAUUCUCCGUCUCUUUUCCGUCCUGAUGGAAUCUCUCCUGCUCAUCACUCAGUGAUCCGGAUGUCAGAACAAGUCCUGCAUUUUGAUGCUCAUGUUGCUCCAUAUUCAGAAAGUUGACCUGAUUGAGCAAAACCAAUGAGAUUUUUGGAUUCAGCUCAUCAACAUGACCCUAAAACUGUUGAAAACCCCCUGACAUUUUUUUUUGGCUGCUGACCAGAGUUAUUUAUGCUGCAAUAUUUUAAUUCCCUUUGGGAGAUUUUUUAGGAUGCAUUUUAAUAGCUGUUGUGCUCAUUGGAAAAACCACAAUAAACUUGGAAAUGAAAGCGGGUUUACAUCAUUAAUAUCAACUUGAAAUUUAUUCUCAUACUGGGGUGGUGACGGUGUUGAGGUAGAGCAGCUGCCUGUUUAUGGCAUCUCUAAGUCCUUGAUGCAUUCAGUUCCUGAGUCUGGACCUUACUUGCUCUUUACCUAUUUUCUGUCUUAUUUGCUGCAAAUAAAGGCCACUAGAGCCAGAAAAACCUUCAAUUUCUUUUUCACUAAAGCUUGAUUAAAAGUGAUGUCAACAAAACUGGACAAUACAGUUUUCAAACACAAAAGCUAAGGAUCUAUUCUGAAACAGCCUUUAUAUAAAACGUGAAACAUUGUCCUUUAUUGGCAGGACUUUGCAGGGACAUUGGAAGCUGUAUUUCAAUGUCAUUUUAAUAGAACACCCUUAUAACUGUGAACAUUACUGGUGAAGUUUAUUUGAAACAUGAAACUAUGUCAGUUUUACCCAUUUUCACUUUAAUAUGUUUAGUGCUGUAAGAACAAUUUGCCUGUUUACAGAUUUCUGUUUUGACCUUUUUGUCAUGUUUCAGACCAUUAUGAGACCAUCCAUUCCAUCCCAUCCAUUUUCUAUACACCCUUGUCUCUAAUGGGGUCAGGAGGGGUGCUGCUGCCCAUCUCCAGUGAGACAUUUGGGGUGAGUGGUGGGGUACACCCUGGACUGGUCACCAGUCCAUCGCAGGGCCAUUAUCAGACCAGUAAAAUCUAAAUAUGUACAAAAUUAUUUAAUUUAUUAAGGGAGACAUCCAAACCAAGCUGCCCUUAUGGGAAAAGUUGAUCUACUUUAUUCAAUCACAAAUACAGAGUAAUUAAUCAUAUUUUUACAGUUAGUUUUCACGGGCCACACUCAGGUCUGAUUACUGAUUUGACUUGUAGAAUCAAGAAAUAUCACUGAACAAGAACCUGACUGACAACAUGAGGUAGGCUCAAAGAUUUGGAAAGCCAACACUUUUGACUGACUCAAACUAAAGAAAUUCAAGGCAAAUAGUAAACAGUGCUACUGCCAUCAGUUUUCAAAAGGUAAGAAAACCGUUUCUAAGACUUUGGAGCUUCUUCCCAGAAUUAGCAGGCCUCCAAAAAGUAUUACAAGAGUAAUUUAUGUGGUUGGUGCAAAACACACAGCUAGCCAGUUCAAAGGAUGGCUUCAAUCUGAUUGGUUUGCACAUCAGAAUCAGCUUUAUUGGCCAAAGUUCUGUAGAAACAAGGAAGAAGAAAUUUGACUUUAAUUUUAUAUGCUCUUUGUGUACAGACAUCACAUAUAGACAAAUCAUUUUGGGAUAGAUAAAAUUUAAAAGGAAACUAAAUCAAUAACCCAGAAGAACUUCUAAAGUUCUGCAGGUUUCACCUGUCUAAGUUAAGUUCUGAGUUAAUGAUUCACCAACAAGAGACACUGGGCAAAAUGGCCUCCAAGGGAGGGUCCAAAGCCAGAAUCACAGCUGGUAAAGAAAAAACAAAGACAGGCCUCUUGUUUUCCAAAAAAAUCUAAAUCUUCAUGGUCCUCAAAACUUUAGAGAAAAUAUAGUUUGGACUGAUGAGACAAAAGUAGAACAUUCUGGAAGACGCAUCGGUCAGGCUAUAUGAUUGCAUCUGGUGUUGGACGAGCUUAGUGUUUUAUUACAUUUACAAUUAAGAAUCCUGACCAUUAAUGCUCCCAUUUUAAUACAUUUUGAUCUGAAAACCGAGAAAGAGGAUGGCUCAAAGAACAUGAGUAUUACUCCUUGGCACCAUCGUCUCACAAGCACAAGAUCCCAGGUUUAAAUCCUGCCUGGAGCCUUUCAAUGCUGAACUUGGACACUGUUGUCCAGAGGAAAACUGCAGCUCUAAAUGUCUGACAAGAAAUGUUGAAAACCAGAAACCAACUGCUUAACUGUAUUCCAUGUGCAGGUACGUUGUUUUUUUAACACAUAGUUGUUCCGAUUACUGUGUUAAAAAGGAUAGCAGUUGAGCUCAGGAACUAUACCAUUUUAACUGGACUUGAAUGAAAAUGAGAUCUUGAAAAUCAAUUCCUUGUUAAAAUAGAAUGAAAUAAAACAGUGAAACUAAAAAAAAUACAAACAUUCAGCUGUUUGUAUUUUCUGGAUCAAAUAUUGAUCCAGAAACCAGCCUGGGUUAUGGUUUAAAUCCAAUUAAAGAAUGCAAGCAGAUUUGUAUUUCUGAACACCUUUAGUAUCUUAAAUUUUUUUAAAAAAAGGUAAAUGGAAAUAAGCAGGGGAAACACAAAAUAAUUCAGAUCGAUAGAGUGGAUCUGGAUCAAUUAGUUCCUUCAUUCCUCAACAUUUACUUUUCCUCUUGCACAAACCAUCUCAUAUUUAAACAUGGUCAUUUUUGCUGGUAUUUAAAUAUUUCAGCAAAUUAUGAGAGGUUAUAAAAAUGUUCAAAUCAAAUUUGUUUUAAUCAAAUUUUGAAAAUUUUAAUUAUUUCACAGGAUGUAUGAUAUAAUAUUAGCAUCAGCUGAUGUUUGUGGGUUCUAUUAACAAAAAAACAAAACAAACAAACAAAAUAUAUAUAUAUCGGUCCAAUAAGUAAAAUUGUGCCGACAUUAACUGAUUUCCAUCUUGGUCGUGUGACAUUAAUAGUGAUGCAGCGCAGGAUUCAAUUGUGUUUAACUGAAGAAAGAAGCAAUAACAGCAGUAGUUGUGUUUACAUUGACCAUUUACUUGUGCAGUUUGAAAUUUCAAAAAUGAAUUUGACAAAACUCGUUUUUCGAUACGUUUUUAUCACUACGAUGAUUGGCCGAAUAAAAAUUGGUUUAUUUCACAAAACUGCAAUGAAAAACUUUUAAUAAGCACCUUUUUUUUUGCAUCACGAGUCACAGGUCAACAACCGGAUGUUGCCACUCGCGCAAACCACAAAGAGGAGGAACAGGAAGUAGUUGAUGGACUGUGGCACAGCAAGUUUUAUGAUGACAUGGCACGUGAACAAACUUUUUCAUGUGUGAUUUUGUGUUUCUUAUUCAAUGGAAACAUUGCCAAAUUGUUUUUUUUUUUUUUUUCAGAAUUAACGGAAUAUUGACAAAGUUGUGCACACAGUUUUAUUGAAACACAGCUAAUGUGGUUGUUUUCUCAUCGUGUAUUUUUGGUUGGAUAUCGGCCCAGAUUUUCACAUUUGUGCAUCCCAAAUAUUGAAAUUUGACUUAUGCAUUGAUAGAAUAUGAUGCUUGUUCAGAUCAAAAAACAUGGUAAAAAAAAUACCUUAAGUCAUCAUUUGUUGAAGCUGGUUAAGCUUAGCCAAGUUUAUGGACAAUGUAAAACAUUUUUAUGACAAGCAGCUUCAUUCCAUUCUUGACUUUUUAGAUCAAGAAAGAUUAAACGACAAAAACAGGGCAAAGGACCUCCAACUUGUAAAUUAACAUACAGUCAAUUAAAUUGUCAACUUUUGUGGAGGGGAAGAUGGUGAGUCAUAUAUUUUAUUUUAGCAAUAUCUGUUAAUUACAUCACCAGUUACCCAAUGUAAAGACACGAACCAAGUACAGCUCCAUGUCAACGAGCUCUCCCGGUGUUUAACGUGGCACAACAUCUCGCGUGCAGUUGAUGUUCGUACGACACAAAAGAAUACAUCAGAAUAUAACUUACCAGCGUCAUUUGGCAACAGCGUCAUACCAGCAAUGCUAUCCUUUACAACAGCGCCCCCCGUGGCUAGGUGUCUCCCCCUCCCAACUACAAUCAAACGGAAGUCGAAGGGUUCUGGCCAACAGACCACGCCCAUACUGCAAGCUUCCACAUCCCAUCCCGAAUAUCUUCAAUAUGCACACAAACACACUUGUUAUAAAAAUAUAUGGUUCUUUAACAUGCAGUGUGAUUUGCAAGCAGCUAUGCGGUCUUCUUGGUUCCAUCCUUCACGGUCCAUUUGUCCGGUUCGGGUCUGUAAGGGAGAUAACAGAGUCGAGACAAAUAACUCCCCCCGCCCCGUGUGUGUUACCCUACUCCUAAUCUCCAUCUGCGGCCGCCAUGACGGGAUGACGGUGUUUAAACCCGGCGCAAACAACAUGGCGGAGGUUAAACACAAGACUCAAGACAAUAUAUUAAAUACAGAACAUCGAUGUCCACAUCUCGAAGACGAAGACUAUUAAAUUAAAUGUGUUCACACAACCUAAUGUUAAAAGAACUGUCAAACGUCAAAGCACGGAAACAAUAAAGAAAGCACUAUAAUAAGAACAAAUAACCCGUUACAAUCCAGACGAGUUUUGCUUCCGUCGCAAUUUCUUUAAGCUGUACUUCUAUUCACAGAAGAAAACAUGGAUCCAGAUGCCUGCUCGUGUUGAUCUGAGAGAGCUCACCCUCGAGCCUCGAGUAGCUAGUGACAUGUGAACCCCGAGAGGAAGGCGUCAGAAGGAGAGCAGAGCCGCCCUGGGGUCUCUUCCUGUGGGUCUCUUCCUGUGGGUAUCCAGCGUCAAAUCCUGUACUUCUCCGUUGUUUGCGUAGCACGAACACGUUUCACCCAGGUGGCUUUUGUAAGAUGGCGUCUGAGUCUGCGCAGUUCCGGAAGAAGAGGACGGUGAUGGUGACGUAACAAGAAAAAAAAAGCGUGUUAUGUUUUUUUUUUUUUAACAGUGAAUGGUCCUCAUGUGCACGCCAGACCGAUGGAGUUAUCGACGACAAGGACGGAUUUGAUGUGGCAUCAGGACACACUCCGUGUGCUCCUAUAGGCAGAAGGAUGCCAUCUUGAAAUAUUAUGCCGAGAAGUGGGAUCCUUCUGGGGUCGGUUCAUGGCCUCUUUGAAGACGCGUCAAGGUAUGGUGAUCCUGAAGGAAGGGGUGACUGCCCCUGCAGCAGCUCCAACGGCUGAUCAUUCACCUGCAUGCCUUGUGGCUGUAAGACCAGGAAAGGUGCAACACAGUGGGACUGUCCAGGGCAUCUGUGUGUCCACCAGUGAAGCAAAUAUUAGUGGAAAACAGAAGAUGCACCCAGCCAAGGAGGCCAUCAUGAAGAUGGGUGAACUCAGGCAUCCCACCUGUAUAAACUCUCCUUCUGAUGUCCUGUCACCUGACUGCGACUGUAAAGAUGUCAAAGUGACACUAGACAACAACGGCAUGUGGAAUGAGUUCUAUAAAUGUAGAACAGAAAUGAUUCUGACCAAGCAAGGGAGCAGAAUGUUCCCUUACUGCCGCUUCCGCGUCACUGGCUUGCAGUCAUCAAGGAAGUACUCUCUGGUCAUGGACGUUGAGCCUUUAGACGGCAGUCAGUAUAGGUGGACGGGUGAGAGCUGGCAAGUUUGCCGAAAAGCAGAGCGUCACGUGAGGAGUAAGCCUUUCGUUCACCCAGACUCCCCAGCAACAGGUCAGCACUGGAUGCAGAGUCCAGUGUCCUUUUACAGACUGAAACUCACAAACAACACCUCAGACCAGGAGGGGAACAUUAUCCUGCAUCCGAUGCACCGCUAUUUACCGCAACUGCAUGUGGUCCAGGCAGACAAAGCCAUAGAAGAAUUUAGACUGAACGGUCCCAAUGUUCUCACUUUCACUUUCCCCCAGACUGAGUUUAUAACAGUCACCACAUACCAAAACCCCCAGUUUACCCAGCUGAAGGUGAACUACAACCCGUUCGUUAAAAAACUGAAGGAGGACCGGGUCAAUACAUGUGGCUUAAGACUCAAAGGAAACGCAGACAAAGAUUCGAACAGUUACGAAGGCAAGACGAACACUGAGCAGCAUCCCGUGAAGAAGAGCUUAAAGAUUUUGCUAGCAAACCACAAACCCAGAAAUUCAAAAGCAUUGGACGUGAAACUAUCACCGCCAAAAGAGCCUCAGGAAAAAUCCACAGCGAGCAACACCCAGCCAGCUGCUGCCACCACUCCAGUGGAAAGUCCCAGCAGCAGUUCACGUCCAGUCCCGAAGUUAAUUUCUGAGCUAAUUUGCGAGGCUCAUGUCUCACUGCAGAGAUGUCACAAAGAGCAACGUGGCAGCAACCACAGCAACUCCUCUGGAGCAGCACAAGCCAACACUACGUCCACAACUUUGACAGACAGACUGACUAAACAGAAUAUUGUUCACAAGAACAAUGGAUCUCUCACUACAUUCACCAGGAAAAGUUCAACUGUUGAAACAACCAGAAAUGUCAAAGACAACGAACAUCUGUCUAACUCUAACUCUAUUGCCGAUGCCAGAACAGUCUGCUCCUCUGCUGCUCCUAUAGAAGAGGAGGUUUCCUUGAACAAAUCACAUCAACAAUGUAACGUAGGUGCCGAGUCGGAUGGUGUGAAGCAACAGAAACGACCAGCUCGACUUCCCCUACCAGCACUAGCACUUUUUUUAAAGCAACAUUCAACAAAAUCUAAGAAGGCAAAGAACACACCGGAGUCUGCUCCUCAAGCACCUCUGCCCGAGUCCUGUGGUUCUCUGAGUCCUGCCGCAGCGCCUCAACAGGAAACCAGCGUCAAGCCCAUCAUGGAGGACUGUGGAGGAAACAAUCUUCUGCCAGAUGAAAAGCUUUUAAAUGUUACUGAACAGGCAGCUGAAACAAAUCCCUCCAGCCCAUCCGGUCCAGACCUUUUCACUGCUUCAGAUGCAGCAGUUCCAGAUCCAAAAGCUAAAGAUCCCUUCAUCACAAUUUCUGAAUGUUUAUGCUCAGAGUCAACAGCCCCUGACCAUAAAGCAUUGAUAUCCAACUCUGAGAAUACAUUCGGCUCGCUUGAGAUGUCUGCACUCACCCUUUCCGCAUCGUCUACCUCUGGAUCACCUGAUUUGUCCUUGCAUCUCAGUUCGGCAUUGUCUCUCCCGGACUCCCCCAAAGCAGCAGCAGAGUCCUCCACACCACCUUCAGGCUCCCGCUCCUUGAAGAUCGACUCUCUGCUUCCGGACCCUCAGUGUUCCUCGUUCGACUUUGACCCUUUGUCGCCAGCGAGCUCCCCAGAACCUUUACCUCCUCUUCCAGCCUCAUUAGCUUUAGAACUUGACUCUGCAACAUCUGCUGCAGCGAGUACUCCGGAACCCCAACACUGCAGAAACUCAUCAGUCUUUAAAUGGCAUACGGUGUUACCUCUGUCUGGGACAUAUGCAAACUCGUCUUUCACAACAUUACAGCCCCAGCAGCAGUCGUCUCCUGUAAUGUCGGUCACUUCGCCUUUGUUGUCCUGCCUUCCUGAACCACAGAGUGUUAUAUCUUCGACGCAGACCACUCCAAAAGACUCUAUUCCAUCAUUUCAAGACAGCGAACAGUCUCUGCCUUUCCCUGCAGAGCUGUCCCCCCUCACUCUCCAGCUCCCACUGUCUCCAACCUUCUCUUCACUGGACGAAGACGGCUUGUCGCCCACAACUUCCCUCUCAGAGCUUGUGCACUUUUUCUCCACCGACGACGACAUCGGGGUGGAGUUUUCCAACACGGACGUGGCGGCCGUGACCAGCCAACCUUUGCCAGUUUUGGAACCGGCACGGCCCUCUGUGCCGGUCCUGCCAGUCUCAAGCAGCAAGCCCUGCAAGAGAAAGAAAUCAACGAAGCUGGCCAGGUUGGAGGUGGGUCAGACUGGGAAUGAGUACAGGAGUAAGCAGCCCAAAGUUGAAGAGGUUGAGGAGCAGCUUUUUGUCUCUUUCACAUCAAAGGAGGCCCUAAAACUCCACACUGCUGAGUCAUCUGAAGAGCUGCACCCUGACCCUCAGCUGACCCCUGACCCCAAACCUGAGGAAGAGGCGGACGACGACAGCAGCAGCAGCAGCAGCAGCAGCAGCAGGGAGAGUCUGGAGGAGACAAUCGCAGUUCAUGAGGCGACUCUUCUUCAAGACUUGAAGCUUAUGAAACACAGGCAGGUCAUCCACCCUGUGCUGCAGGAAGUUGGUCUUAAGAUGACCCUCCUGGAUCCGGCGCUGUCCAUUGACCUGCAGUACCUGGGAGUCUCUCUUCCCAUUCCCCUUCCUGGAGUCGUUACGGAGCCACUGACCCAGACGACCCCAACCUCUCAGGGGGGUUUUGCUUCAUUUCAGUCCAGAACUGGAAAAACUACAGAUUUGACCCAGAUUAAAGGCUGGAAAGAGAAGUUUACCCCGUCAGAGCCCGAAUCAACGUCUGCUCCAAGACCUGAAGCUGGUCCCAGUGCCGACCUGCCAAAGAAGAACCUGUCUGCGUUCUGCAGCGACAUGCUGGACGAAUAUCUGGAGUCAGAGGGGAAACUGAUCGACGAGCGCGCCUCCAGUUUCUCCCAGCCACCAGUGGAGGCGCCGUCCUACCAGCUCCCUGUGAGCAGCACCAGCUACGUCCGGACUCUGGACCACAUCCUGAAGAAGCCCUCAGCCGGCUCGCCUGCCUCAGACAUCAUAUCUGGGUUCAUCCCGCCAUCAAAGAGAUCGCGACUCAAAGAGAGCGCAGCCUGCCGGAGGGCGGAGAGGAAACCCAGAGGUCCCAAACCGAACAGAAUCAAAACUGCUUGUGCUGCUUCGGACUUUCCAGACGCUGUGCAGUUGCAGUACUCCGUUCCUGGUUCUUUGACCACAGAACCUCUGAAUGGGCCCGCUUUUACAAAGAGGAGGAGGCUGAAACCCAGAGCGUCCUCUCAGACCCUCUGUGUGUCCACGCUGCUCAACGUGUCUGAGGAAAUGGCUCCGCUGGAGUCCGACUCUGAGCUCAAACCAGACUCAGUGAGGAAGCAGCCAUCCAAUCACUCUGUGGAUGGCCAGAGAAAGGAGAGCAGAGUCACGGUGACCCGGGCCUACGCCAGGCUCAAGGAGCUGGAGGACAAUGUGGUUCUGGAGGGCCGCUUCCAAACCGGCAUCACCACAGAGAGGGCCACCGUUGCUCUGAUGUCCCUCUUCACUCAAACUGGUUUUGUGAGAGAGAAUCCGACGGCGCCGAUCAAGCUAAGGCAGAGACAAGCUCUGAACUGUCUGAACGGGUUCUGCAGGCUGGGGUGCGUCUGCUCCAGUUUGUCUCACUGUUCCAGGAUCAGCCACUGCGGCCGGCCGCUCUGCAUGUUCGGCUGCAGCUGCCUUAAGCAGAAGGUGGUUCUGCUCAAGAACCUGGACAGCUCCGACGCCAGCCCCUCCUCCCUGCAAUGCAAACUCAAGAAGAAGAGGAGAAGGAUGAUGAAGAUGGCCUAUGUCCUGAAAGAGGCGGAGACCGUGGCCCACCCUGCGGAGCGGGUCCGGACCCUGUGGAGGAAGAACGCUGACGCCUCUGAUCCAGAGCCAGUCCAUGCACCGAAUGUGGCUCCCUUUCUUCAGCCACCUUCUGUCCAGGUGAGAAGGAAAUAUCGCAGCAGCUGUGCCAGAGUUCGAAGUUUCAUCAGGAAGACGCAGAAACAGAAGGAGGAAGAAUCCAAAAAUCUGAUGUCAUCCAGGAAUAAAGAUGCAAGACUGAAAGUCCACAAACAUGGAGAACAAACCCCUACACAGACUAAUGUUACCACACCCAGACCUCCUUCUGCAGCAGAUGCAGGCGAAUCACCCAGCGCUAGCCCUCCGAGUUCUUCAGAAGCACUCCGUUCUAAACCAUCGAAACGCCUCAUGAUCCUGGCCGACUGCAAGUGGGUGAACGACAGCGACCGCAGCUACGUGUUGAAGAAGCUGUGUGAGGCAAUGGCUCAGGAUCAACUGGACAGACCUUUCUGGAUCAAAAACUACCUCAUCACGCCGAUCGACGAGACAGUGGAUGAAACUAGCGGAAACAGGUGCAUCGAGUAUAAGGUCCAGAUCUCUACACCCAUUCUGGACAGGAAAAAAGCACCAGGCAAAAAACCAGUGACUCCUGGAAGGAAACGAGGCAUCAAACCAGCAGCUCAACACAGACAGGACAACCGCUCUGAUUUGAUUUCAAAAAAUAAGAAGCCUCCUAAAAGCUCGAAGAAUGUGAUGAAUCAGUCUUCCACAGACUCUGUGUCCAUAGAGUCUGUAGAAGACUGGCAGAAGGAGGUGAUGGAGGAGGAGCCCAUGGCGAAAUGGCAGAAGGAAGUGAUGAAGGAGGAGGAGGAAGAGCUCAUGGAGGACUGCCAGAUGGAGGUGAUGGUGAAGGACAAGCCCACGGUAGACUGGCAGAAGAAGUUAAAGGUGGAAAUGGAUCCUUUGGAGCAAUGCCAGAAAGAGGUGAUAGAGAAGAAGGAGCUUAUUAAGAACUGGCAGAAUAAGUUAAAGGUGGAAGUGGAGGCUACGGAAGACUUUCAGAAGGAGGUGACGCCUACGAAGAACCCUCUAAACGAGGUGGAGUCAAUAAAGGGGUUCCAAAAAGAGGUGGAGUCUACGAAGGACUUCCAAAAAAAGGCGGAGUCUAUAGAUGACUGCCAGAAAGAAGAAAGGAAAGAUUAUAUGGAGAAGGAUGGAGAAGGCUUCAGACGUUAUAAGGCUAGACAUGAGCUGAAAAGAAGCACAGAAGGGUUAAAUUCAGAUAAGAAGAGGAGGACUGGCAUGUCUCUGCCUUUCCCUUUACUGGUGGGAGUAUCACCUUCUGGCUUUCUCUCAGCCAAUAAGAAAAAGCCAGGAGGAUCAGCAGAUGUGAUACAGGUCAAUGGGAAGCAAUACCCCUUAGCAAAGAUCAAGUUGGGCAGGAUGGGGGCGCUUCAUCCAGCCAAUCGUCUGGCAGCUUAUCUAACAGGCAGAGUGGGGUCUACGAAGCCGCGACAGUCUUCUUCAUCGUCCGAGCCGUCUUGCAAUCUUCAGAGUUUCCCCCAUGUCACCUCUUCAGCUUAUUGUGUCCCACCUGCUCCUGCAGCCCCCACUGUUGCCCCAGCUGUGGUCCAGUCACAGCCACCAGCCACUCAGCCCACUCUUCCCACUCCUCUUCCCACCCCUUCUGCAGAUUCUGAGCCACAGAACUUGGUUGUUGGACCUCCAGACCCACCUCAGAACUCGACCCCUCCUCAGCCACUGCCGAUUCAGGUUCCAAAUCCUCCUAAUGUGGCUGCUCCUUUGCUCCUGCCCCGGAUCACUCAGUUCCCAGGCCAAAGGAUGGUCCUGAAGCCAGUACGGUCACCAGCGGGUGUCCAGUAUUACCGAAAACCCGACGGAGCCUUGGUCCAGCUGAUUCCCACCAGCCAGCUGAGGCCUGGUAAUCCAUCAGCAACUGUUCAUGGAGGAAACUCUGAGGCACAAAACUUGGUUGUUGGACCUUCAAACCCACCUCAGAACUCGACGACACCUACGGACCCCCAGCCGCUGCUGAUUCAGCUUCCAAAUCCAAAUCCUCCUAAGGUGGUUAAUUUGCUCCAGCCCCGGAUCACUCAGUUCCCAGGCCAAAGGAUGGUCCUGAAGCCGGUCCGGUCAUCAGCGGGUGUCCAGUAUUACCGAAAACCUGAUGGAGCCUUGGUCCAGCUGAUUACCUCUAACCUGCCGAGGCCUGGCAAUCCAUCAGCAACUGUUCAUGGAGGAGGCCGUUCUGCUUCCUGCGCCCAGCUGCCUCCUGUAGCCGCGGUGAAGAGGCCAGCUCUGACCAACCUCUCCUCUUCAUCCUCUGUGGUUUUACCUUCACCAUCCCCAGGACCUUCGUCUUCCUCCUCCAACCCUCCCCUGCCGCCAUCCGUUCUUCUGUCCCCGCAGAACACCUGCACGUUUAGAAUCGUCCCCACCCACCCGGUCAAGGACCCCAUCUUUAUCCAACUCCCUUUCCUGCCCCGCACCCAAAUGGUGGGAUCAGAACGCGGCCUCAUACGGCUCCAGGGCCCCAGCCAACCUGUGAACUACACUCCCCCGAAUCCCGUAGUGUGUGAAAAAAACGACAGUCCAGUCGAGCGCCACGGCGAUUCACCGCAAACCCUGCUGACCGUCCAGACGGCCGCUCACAGGGGGCCUCCACCUCCGGCGCGGUCCCCCCCGCCUGAGCCCACCCCGGACUGUCACAGCCCUAAAGAGGAGUUUGCCUUUGACGCCAUGGACCUGAACGUCGUGUUUGUGGACGAAGUGGUGGACUUGGUGUCCAGCAGCGAGACGGAGGACUCGUCCGACUUCAGGGAGUCUGACAGUGAGGACGAGAAGAAUCAGAAUGCAAAGCGCUUUAAAGGAGACCUGGAGAAGAAGAAAAAACAGCUGAGGAGUCAUGAUGGAAACCAGUCAGUUCUGCCUCCGUCAGCAGCGGGUCAGGCUGCAGCUGGCAGGACGGAGGUCCAGGGUCUGAUCUACAUCUCGUCUGAGGAGGAAAGCCCCAAGAGGAAAACCGUCACUAAUGGCACUGCUGCUGCUGCUGCUGGUGAGCUGACAGGUGACGGCCAGCUGGGAACCGGUCAGCAGGAGGCUUGGAGCGGUAGUUUGGAAAAUCUGGAGGGGAACAGUGGAUGUGGAGCGGCUCAGCAGCAGAUAGACAUGACCAUUAAUUCAGACUUGGAAAUUGAAGUGGACUCCGGAAAUUCUCAAAGGACCCAGAUUAAAGUUCAGCACCACGAAUCCAAUGCAAGUUGCAGAAAGCAUCGAGCCCAGAUGAAGCAGCUCUUCCUCCAGUUGAAGAGGGAAGUGUUACCAGCCGAUGACAGCAUGUCCAGAACCUCCCUGCUGGAAAAGGCUGUGCAGCUGAUCCAGGAGCUGAGGAGCUGUGAGGAAGACCUGAAGAGGAAGAAAAGCAUCCUGGAGCAGAGACGGGACGAGUUCCUGUCCAUUCUGGCUCCGACAUCAGAUGAUGGCCAGAUGGGAACUGGUCAGCAGGAGGAGCUGGAGGCUUGGAACGGUAGUUUGGAAAACCUGGAGGGGAGCAGUGGAUGUGGAGCGGCUCAGCAGCAGAUAGACAUGACCAUUAAUUCAGACUUGGAAGCUGAAGUGGACUCUCCAAUCUCUCCAAGAACUGAGCAGCUUGGUCAGGCUCCUCAGGAGGUCCAGAAGCUUCUGACAGAGGCGGAGAGCCUGUGGUCCAAUCAGAGCUUGAAGAAGGAAGAUAAUCAAGCUGCACACACUAAGAACGUCUGCGGCACACCAGGGAGAGAGACGCUGCAGCACCUGCUGACCAAUCAAAAGCAGCCUGAGAAGGAGGGGAGGCAACACACAGCCAAUGACGUCAAAGCGGAGGGCGUCCUCUGUGUAGCCGUCCCUACAGGAGACGUUGGCCCCCUGAAGGCCCCCCCCACUGCCGUCCAGCUGCAGCCUCUCCGUCAGCCCGUCCUUCACGUGUCUGCGGGCGCGCCGGCUCCUCCAGACACGAAACGGAUAAAGACCGUUCCAAACAUUCUGUCUCGCAGCAAGAACCGAGAGGUGCCUCAGAAAACGUCAGCUGAGAAGGCACCAUCCAUGGACAAAGUGCUGUUUGCCGCUCCUCCAGGAAGUACACCGCACCGAACCCAGGAGCUUCAGCCGCUGCUGGCUGCAGCUCCGCCUGCGUUUCUGCUGCUGUCUGCUGAACCCAGCCAGAUGGGAGUCCCCCUGCCGGGGCUGGCCCCGCCUCCUCAGGCUCUGGCCCUGCCCCCUAAGGGUGCAGCUCCGCCCCCUCAUGCUCCGGUCCCACCCCCUGGUUUUGCUUACCUUCCCUUAGACGUCGGACAGUCUGAUCCUUCUGGACAGACGGCCCGACAGGACUCGGACAACGAGAGCCUGUCUUCCCUCCUUAACGAAAUAGUUUUUCUUAACCAGCAGACUGUUGCCACGGCUACAACAGCCGUGAUUGAUCCGCCGGUGGUGGGCAGAUCCGAGGAACAGAAGCGUGCCUCUGAGCACCCAGGGCCAAUUUUAGGGAACGCUAACGAAGGUGUGCUGGCCCCGCCCCCUCUGCUGCACAUGAAGGUGGGAGGAGCCAAAGAGGCGGGACUAGGCAGUAAUAACGGAGCAACAGUGGGAGGGGCUGAGGCCGGGGGCGUGGCCUGGAGGCCCAUGCCGAGGCUGGUUCCUCUGGGGCUGAGGGGAAACUCCCCCAGCUGACUUCACGUCACCUGGGCAACGACCAGGAAUGACUAGGAACGGGUUUUCUUUCUGCUCCCGAAGCCGAAUCAGACAGAUUUAUUCAACACGGCUCUGAUUUUUCUGCUUGAGCUCUCACAACCGUCGAGUUCUGCGAUAAAGCUGAAACUUUUCUGCUUUAGACUUUGUGGACUGAGAUGACGUCAGCUGCCUGGAGAGAGGAGCCGAUCCGCUGAUCUCCACACAUUUUGGUUUUCAUCAAAAUUGAUGGACACCGAAAUCCACACGGAACUAUUCAACAAGCUUUCGUCUUGCAGAUGCUGCCACCCAAGAAAGUCUCAGCAUAACCAGGCGCAGCCUUCGUUAGCAGAAUGAAAGGUGUUGAUGGAAAAAGAUGGAUGCUUCAAAAUCAGACAGCAGAAACCUGGACUGGUUCACAGUCAUCAGACUACAGACUUUCAUUUAUAAGAAAAAAAAAACUCAAACCAAGUUAUUACCAACUUCCACUCCACAGUUAUCAUAUCUGAGAGAAUAUAAGUUUAUGUCCCUCGAAGAAUAUCUUCUUUUUUUUUUUUUUUUUUUCUAAAUUUGACUCUGUGAAGUUUGGUGUAAAAUAAUAAAAAAUCCACUUUCUCUUAAAUAUUGUUUGCUGCUAAAGUUUCUACUCCUACUUUCAGUCAGAGGUUUGUUGACAUGCAGUAUUCACUUCCUUCACACUGACCCACUCUUCAUGUUGAGCCUUCUCCUGAAACCGCAUGGAAUGAUUCCGGCAAACAUCUCCGGAGUGAAAUGGUUCAGGUUCGGUUUCUUUGUUUGGAAGUUCAAAUAAGUGCAAAUUGUUGUUUAAGAGUUUUGCCUCCUGUCGCUUAAGUUUGGAAUUUAUUUUUAUUUGUGUUAAAAACUUUUGAAGUAGGUGAUGUUACUUCUUUAACACUUUAAUAUUAAUAAAGUUUUUUUUAAGUAAA